AAUCCUCGUUAGUAUGAAGAUUCUGCUUCUGGCACUCGCCGAGAACGGUCGCAGGAUGGCUGGCUCCAACGGAGCUGCGACAACGGCCCCAGUUGGCCGCGGUACUUUUGCUGCGUCAUCGUCUGCCGACGACUACAAGGUGGUGUUGCCUCCCAUCCCAAUAGGUGCAACUAUUUUGAAUUCAGUACUUUUGCACUGCGAUUUGAGAGGCUGCCCUUAUCGUAUUGAAGAUUUCCGGCAAGAAUUGAAGCGGUGCGCCGUCCUGUCCGAGAUUGUGGCGCUCGGUGCUUUCCAGAUGAACCAUGUCUGGUUAGCCACGCUGCGAACGCCGGAAGCCAAGAAGCGGCUCAUCGACUGCAAAGAGUUGAACGUGAAGGACCUGAAAUGUGUUGUCAUCGACCCCAGCAGCACAGAAGUUCGUCUACGCCUCCAUUGGGUCCCGUAUCAUGUGACCGACGACGCGGUGAGCAAGUUUUUGGAACCCUACGGCAAGGUUAUAGAAGUCGCACGUGAGAAAUGGCGCGUCGAGGGAUUCGAGGGCAUCGAGUCGACUACCCGGGUGGCGCGCAUGACGCUGAAGAGCGGCGUCACGCCCGACGGAAUGCCUCAUCAGCUGCGGCUUCAGGGGGCGAACGUCCUUAUCGUAAUCCCAGGGAGGGCGCCGGUCUGCCUGCGCUGUAAGCGUGCCGGGCACAUCAGGCGCGACUGCCGCGUGCCUAAGUGCUCGGUGUGCUCACGUUUCGGCCACGAGAAGGAGGAGUGCGUAAAGACCUACGCCCGAGUAACUGGUGGAGCGGCGGCGGAAGACCUUUCGCCCCUGACCAUGGAUAUCGACGAGGCUGAGCGCUCCGCUGAGGGACAACAAGACGAAGCUCCACCGUCUGGUGAGCCCUGCAGUCAUCCUGUUGGAGCGGACGGCUCGACUGAAGUCUCGCCUGUAAAGGACAAGAAGAAGGAGGUGGCUGGUGGCUUUCCUGAACCGGACAGCGCGGCACUCCCUCCCUCGGCGACGCCAAUGGAGAAGACCGUAGCCCCGCGCGGGGCCUCCCCCCCGACUUUCGAGAAGGCGCCUUCCGAAGGUCACGACACUAUGGACGAAACCACCGAGUCCAUCAAGCGUGGUCUCGACGAGAACCCUCCAUCGACGCCGGGCAUGACACCCAGGCCCAACCCUUGGAUGGAGAGGACAAAGAAGGGGCGUUUCCAGCCCACGCCCACCUUAACCCCAGAUGACCGGAGGCGACUCAACAGCAAGUAAGGCGGCUAACGCCUGGUUACAAAGACUGACGUCCGAAUGCCAAGGCAAGUGCUACAGCAAAACGCAUGAUUUGUACGUUCCAACCAGCAAUAACGGUCGCAUCGCUAAAUGUUCGAGGUUUGAGCGCCAGGAAAAAACAAUACCAAUUGCAGCGUUUGCUGCUUAAAGAGAAACCCGAUUUCUUAGCGGUGCAAGAGACUAAAAUGGCUGAGGAGGAACAGGUUGCUAGUGCGCUUAGGCCUUUUCUGCAGUCGUACGAAGUUUGUGUCACCCACGCGGUUGGUUUCUCUGCCGGAUGUUUUCUUUUUCUUAAAAAGUCCCUGCCCUUGUCGGAGUUAGCUGUAACCACCGACACGGAAGGGCGGUUCAUCAUGUGCGAUUUUUCUUUAGCGUCUUUUCAGUGGCGAAUUGUUUGUGUGUAUGCGCCUAGUACGGUUAAAGACCGUGUUUCCUUUUUUAUUGGCUUACGCCGUUUUCUAGAUUGUGAUAAAACGAUUGUGUUGUUGGGCGAUUUUAACUGCGUUGUAAGGGCAGCAGACAGAACGCCCCUGAGGCGGAGCAGUGACAAGAGUGCGCAAGUUUUAAGCGAACUGGUUGAAGACUUUGACUUGGUUGACGCCGGAACGGUGACGAACGAAACGAGCGAGAUUCGUUUCACCCAUUUCCAAGCGUCGUCUCAUG